AUGACCGAGCAAGUCAGUCGACCAGCACCAGGGGAAGAAGAUGAGGAAGAGGCCACGCUUACAGCUGAUUGGCAGCAGAACCAGACCAGUCGGACGGCAGCAUGGAUCAAGGCAGCAAGAACUAAGAGGAGGACACUCCGUCAACAAAUCACCUCGACGGGGAGGCGUAUUGAGACUCUAGUUCAGUCUAGGGGCUCCAGAGGGGCUAUAUUGGGCCUUAUUCGACACUUCGAUGAACUUCUACUCCGAGCCUCCCAUCUGCAGACAGAGUUGACAUCAGUGGAAGACGACGAGGAGGCGGAGCGUCAAGAUAACCUGCAUCUUACAUAUGUCACUCGUGUCGGCGAGACCACCGAAUGUGCCCAGUCCUACUUGGCCAGCAGGGAAGGAGAAGCCGCGUCCGUGGUUGGUGGCAAUGUUCCAGCGGCUCCUGCCGUCUCGCCGUCGGAGAUUCGACGCCGCGAGCAAGCUCGCCUGGAAGAGAUAGCAAUCGCCCAGAGGAGGUGUGACGAUGCCCGGGAACAAGCGAAUCGAGUCUGGGAAGAAUGUGAAGCAGCACAAGCGGCCCUAAGACAGCUAAGCGGCCGACCAGCAGAACCAGACCAACACUCUUCCGUCAGCCAACAAUUACCAGAUGCAAAUCCCUUGGCCAACGAAUGGCUCGCACGGCAACGGCGCAUCAACAACAUCAGCAAUCUGAACAUCAACAACAUCAGCAAUCUGAACAACAACAACAACAAUCAAGAAACACCCGACGAUUGGAUUGACCAGUACAGCGCCGGCCUGCUACCUCCCAUCUCCAACAAUCUUUCUGCUCGUUCUGCUGUCUCGGCGGAACUCGCAUCUUACCACGGGAGAUCUUUAGAGUGGUUCGAAUGGAUCGACCUCUUUCGUGCUCUGGUUCACGAUACGCCCAAAUCGCCUGGGGAGAAAUUGGCCCUCUUGAAGCGAUACCUGAAAGAAGAAUGCCUCGACGUCGUGUACGGUUUAGGUGGCGGCGAGACGGCAUAUAUUCAAGCGUUGGUGCGUCUGAAGGAGACUUAUGGACGACGCGACGUCAUGAGAGCCGCACAUCUUCAAGCUCUCGACCGGCUGGAGCUGAAAGAAGAAGCUGGAGCGUUUAAAAGAUUCGCCGAAAAGGUCCGUUCCCACCUGUUCGAUCUUAACCGGAUUGGAGAGACGUCCACAGCCGACGUGAUCGAGAAGAUCUGUCUGAAACUGAACCUUCAAGACCGACUCGUGUGGAACGAAGAGCGUCACGGCCGCCUGGAGAAGAGGAGUCUGAACGAUUUUGGGACCUGGCUCUGUUCGAGGGCAUCGGCAUACCAAAAUGCGUACAGUAUUGCUGCCAGUCAAGCAAACUCAUCGGCUCCCGUGAACGAAGGUUUCACCCGUCGAACAAGAACUCAUCAAGCGUCUACAAAAACGCACGAAGGUGGUUCCAGCACGCAAUCUAGCAAACCCUUUUGCUUUAAAUGCGAGAAGAGUCAUCGGCUAGCAGACUGCGAGGACUUCAAGGCGCUUCCCAUUGGCGAGAAGAUAUAUUUCUGUAUGAGAAGACGACUCUGUUUUAAUUGUUUUAGUUGCAAACAUUCUGUUCGUGAAUGUCCUACUGGCCAGCCAUGCAAAUACGCCGACUGUCGUUUUAUCCAUCACCCGUUGCUGCACGGCCCAGAGGAAUUGCCCGUCAAAACCGUCCAUCCAUCUACAGCUCGAGCGGAGAGAAAUCAACGAGUGGCGCUUGGGAUGCUGCGAUUGCAGGUUCAAGGAAACGAUGGAAGUUGGUGCUUUGCCAAUAUCUUCGCCGACGAGGGAAGUGACACUACUUUAGUGCGUAGCGCAUUCGCUACGGCGCUCCAGAUUCGAGGCUCUCCGCAAGUGCUGACCGUUGAGGGCGCCGGAGGCGUGGUGACCAGUUAUCCAUCCGAGUUGAUCCACUUCCAUGUACGCGCCGAAUCCGGCGAGAUCGUCACACUCGAGGGGUCUACCAUGCAGAAGGUUGCCAGCCCAGCUCCGACGACCGACUGGAGUAAAGAGAAGAUGCGGUGGCCACAUCUACUAGAUCUGCCGGUAGGAGAAGUCGGAGGCGAGGUUGACGUCCUCAUCGGGACGGACCAUCUUCAUCUACUUGCUGCCCGUGAAUCAAGAGAAGGUGAAGAUUACGAGCCAAUCGCGUCCAGAACUCGUCUCGGAUGGAUUAUUCGAGGCGUUACAGACAGAGAUGCUCGUGCUCUGGCCGUUCGUAGUUUUAUUAUUUCUGGACGGACACAAUUGGAUCUGUUAACUUCCGAGAUGCGUCGCUUCUGCGACACGGAGGCGUUCGGAACGGAAUACAAGCAAGGCUGUCUAUCUCCCGACGACCAGAGAGCGAUUGCGCUCGUGAAGGAGAAACCAGAUUGGUCGAAGAUCCCGAUCACCCCCUGUGAUAUUCCGCAGUUGUGUGAAUUGGAUGAAAGGUUCCCGAGUCCCGUGAAGACGGCCUACUCCGUCUAG